AUGCGCUCUUACUUUUACGACAAUACUGACCUGGACCAGCGCGAGCUGCACGACUCUGGCAUCGAGGUCUCGCUGGAGGACCUGAAACGCAUCGGUGUGCUGUACCGCCGGCUGUCAGGCACUCCUGACGAGAACAUGGAGGCCAUUGAGGCUCUGUGCAAGGAGCGCUCGUACAAGAACCGUGACGAGAUUACUGUUUCGCCUGACCUGCUGCCCGGCUACGAGGAGAAGAUCAAGAUCUUCUUUACCGAGCACAUUCACGAGGAUGAGGAGAUUCGCUAUGUCAAGGAGGGUGCUGGAUUCUUCGAUGUGCGCAACCAGGACGACAAGUGGGUGCGUAUCCUGGUCGAGGCUGGCGACCUGCUGAUUGUGCCAGCGGGAAUCUACCAUCGGUUCACACUGGAUACGACCAACUACAUCAAGGCUAUGCGGCUGUUCAAGGAGGACCCAAAGUGGACGCCGAUCAACCGCCCAGAGGCUGACUCCAACAGCUACCAUGUCGACUACCUGAAGUCAAUUGGUGCCUCUGCUUAA